AUGACGUUUCUGCCCAGUCGUCGCCGUUCCAGAUCCGAGGUCGCAUCGCCUGACCAGGUUGCGCAGGAACCGGCGGGACAAGUAGAUGUACCAGUCUCGCGUCAUCUGCCCUCAAAUCCCCACCAGAAUGCGGCAACUGACUCGAGCUCGGGCUUUUUCCAUGGCUUAUUUCGAAGAAAGAGUGAUGGUUCACUGAACUCGGAUUCGCCGAAAGCGAAACCUCAGACCCAGGGCCGGGGCCCUCUACCUCAGAUUGAGACCAAUCAGCCGUCCACGCGGCUUGAAAGAGGUCGUGAUAUUAGCCGACCUCGCGAUGGCCCGCGCUCUCACUCGGGGCAUUCUACGCCAAGAACUCCUGGAAGCCCGGAGCCACCUUCAGCUAUUGCGCAUAGUGAGCCAAAGCAACCGAGCAAUAUUCAGGACUAUCUUGAAUUCCGUCUCGAUGGCAUAGCCAAGCAGGGAGAUGGCCAGUCGCAGGAUGAAUCUACCCUCACGAAGAAAGACGUCAAGGCCAUUCUGUCCGGAGCCCCCCAUUUCCUGCUCGAGAGAGGCAAGCAUGGUCGUUGGUAUCCGCAAGUCAUCUUUCCCUGGGAUGAACAUAAUCCAUCUAUCCUCCGCAUGCUAGAUCGCAAGCCGCUACCCCAUCCUUCCUUCAUUCUGUGUACCCUUCAUGCCCAUCUUCCAGUCCCGGAUGACUGGACCGUUAAGGGCGGUGUUCCCCUCCCUCUCCACAGCUGGCAUCGAACUGGAGGGUUCAAAAGAGCUGGGUUUGAUGUGGGUGUCUUCGAGGUGCCAAACAUGCUGGCCAACAACGGAAGGGAGCCGGGAACUGUUGGAUACCGACAUUUCUUGGAAUUUGACAUCGCCGAUACAGUGCGCUACUCGGGACCCCCAAAGCCCAGGGUCGAUCCGGAUAUGCAGCGACUCGCGGAACUUCCUGCGACCGAAGCUUUUGGCCUGAUGGAUGGAUACAGCAAGCCUUAUUCGCAGUGUCUGAGCGGGGCUGUGCUUGAUCGACGCGAGCUGUUGCGAGAGGGUCCUGCUGCAUGGAAGCGUAUUGGCGUACGAGAUAUCAAUCUUCGGACUCUGGUGCAGCGGUUGACACAUUUGCGACAACUGCGCUUGAAUAUACUGAUCGGUGGAUCGACGCUGACGGUUCUGGACAUUGAAACAUCGCAAGAGCUACACAACCAAUUACAUACCCAGUUCCUGUACCCCCAUCCACCUCUCGCAGAUUUAAUGCCGAAACAUCCAGAGAGUAUCAAGUCACAGAUCAAGACUUUGACAACUGUCCUGGCUACACGUGGAGCAUGGAUCGAUUUCAGUCUCCCAGAAUGGCGUGUCCGAGCCGGUCAAGUUCUAUGGGAAGCACCACCGCAUUCAGAUGGAGAUUGUUCCGAUGAAUCUACCCCCGGCACAUCGCAAAAGCCAUGGAUCAACCCUGGAAUGGAGCGAAAAUGGCUUCUGAUCCAAUUGUUACUUUCCGCAGAACUCCUGAUCCGUCUCGAUGCGUUUGUUCGCAUGGGCAUGUUACACGAUCCCCGCGGCGGUUUGAUGACCAUGCAAGAGCUCCAACACUUCGACAAAAUGCGAGAAGGGAAAGUAAACUGGGAUCUCAUCGUUGUGCGUCGGUUCCUUGACAAUCUUGAAAUUGUGUAUGGCUCGACUCCAGCUGCAGCCUCACCUGUUGGCACUCCACAAAAGGUGUCGUCCGACAAGAGCACCGGCACUCCCACAGGAAAACCGCAUAGAUUCUCCUUGCUUGACUCUAUCAAUCGUCGUCUCACAUCGUCUGUCGAAACCGAUCGCCGCUCAGCAUGGCAAUGCGACAUCGGUUCCCCACAUAUCCGACAGCAAUUAGAAGGACUCUACGUGUUUGCGGAAAACAUUGGAUGGCCGAACAUGGACACACUCAAGACGACAUUGGAACAUAAACUCCGAAACGGCAGCCAGAAUUUCACCUUCCCCCAAGUAGACACGGAGGUUCAUCAAGCAGCCUCGGAAAAGACACCCAGAGAACCUGCAGCCUCGCGAGUGGCGAAAGGAGACAUGUACACCCGCAGCCAGUCUAGACGGUGCAUCAAGCUACGCAGUUCCUGCAUGGAAGAUGACGAUCCACACGCCUCCGAGACUCUGGGCUGGAUCUCUCGAAGCUGGUUAUCAGGCUUUGUCAUUCCCGGGGAAGGAAUCAGCCACCUCCUCAUCGGGACUCUGCUAGAAAACGACGCCAACGCAAUCCAGCAACUAGGACCGACAGCCAAUCUCUACGGCGGCUUUAUAUACAGCGGCCACAGUUGGUGGAGCAAGGCAUGUAUCGUCGGCCGCGUCUUGUCGGCUCUAGAUUGUGCUCAGACCUGUAUGGGAUGGGUGGGCACUGACGUGCUUCCCCGCGAUUCGAUCACCCUGGACCCUUUGGAACCGGGCUGGUUCGAGAUCCAGGUCCAGCGGGUAUCAGGGUCAGGGUCAGGGCCAGAAUCGGGGUCGGGGUCGGCGGCAGGCUCGGCUUCACCCGCGUGCCGUCCUCGUAUCAAGCAUGGAGGCAAACUUGCGUUGCAAUCAACCCCGCUUGGCACGGGUGAUAUCACUGCUGAUGCGUUUACACUGCCCGUUGAUCAGCCCGCUAGCAGUCGUGCCGCGCCGACCGUGAGCUUGGAGGCGCUUACUCUAGCCGUGCAUACGCCCCGAAGAAGAAAUGUCAUCGUCAGUGAUGAGGCUUCUAUCUCAUUUGGUCUUCGUGUUGAAUCGGAGUCUGAGUUCCAGGCUGAGCCUCCGACUACAAUCUCUUUACCACUAAAAUAUAACGUGCGCUUUAUAUCUGCGCAUGCAUGUCGUCCCCCGCUCGGCAUCUUAUCGCAUCACCAGGACAAGUCCAAGACAACAGAGACAACCGAAUGGAGUGAUUUCAAGCGUCUACCGGGUCAUCCACUACAUCGAUCUUUCCCAUAUAAGAACGUCUCUCUCGAGUCUCUCCCCCAGCACCCAGCACCAGCGCCAUCAGCUAAAUCAAAGGAACCGCCUGAAGUCCUAGUGAUUGAUGCGCGCGGAUCGCGCACCAAGGAGACAUUCGUUCGAGCCUGGUGUGCGUCUGUGGGAAGCCACGCGCUUAUCGGUCGCGUCGGAAAAGCGUGCAUCGCGUGCUGUGUCCGGGAAGCACGUGCAAUCGACGUCCAGGUCGUGAUACGAGUAGGGGACUACUAA